AUGAUGGCACUUACCCUGGUGCAGCGAGGAAGGGCAGUGAACUUCUUCCUACAGCACUGGACAUUGGUCCAGAUGGUCGAGAUUACACUGACCAGGAUGCCAACCUCGGACAAGACUGGCAAGAUCCACCUGUCCCCAGUAACCAUUGAUUCUGCAGUUAAUCAAAGACAAGGUGAAGAGAAGACAAGGUCCUACUGUGGCAAGUACGAAGAAGAGAUAUUUGGAGAAGAGGAUGCAGUGAAAAGUUUGAUUUAUAGUUACUGUACAUUGGGUUAUUUACAUUGUAUCAGCUGUGGGCUUGCUCAGGGCCAGCAGAUAAUGGGAACGGCCGGCAAGAUGAACACUUCGAAGAAUUCCAGCGAGGAGCAGGAAUUCUGGCUGGAGACCAGCUUAGAUUUAGCCCUGACGCUGCAGCAAGUUUCCCUCAAUCCCUGGGACAUCGUGCUGUGUGUUUCUGGGACAGUGAUCGCCUGUGAGAAUGCUAUUGUGGUUGCUAUCAUCUUCUACACGCCGGCUCUGAGGAGCCCGAUGUUCCUGCUGGUGGGUAGUCUGGCUGCUGCUGACCUGCUAACCGGCCUCGGGCUGAUCAUCCACUUUGUGUUCCUUUACUGCCUGCGGUCUGAGCUGGUCAGCCUGGUCACGGUCGGGAUCCUGGUCGGCUCGUUCACCGCCUCAGUCAGCAGCUUGCUGGCCAUCACGAUAGACCGCUACCUGUCUCUGUACAACGCGCUGACCUAUUACUCGGAGCGGACAGUCACCCGCACCUACAUCAUGUUGCUGCUGACCUGGAGCCUGUCCCUCAGCCUGGCCCUUCUGCCCAUCCUGGGCUGGAACUGCCUGCUGGAGCCUUCCUCCUGCAGCAUCGUCCGGCCCCUCACCAAAAACAACCUGAUCAUCCUCUCGGUCUCCUUCUUCAUGGUGUUCGGGAUGAUGCUGCAGCUCUACAUGCAGGUCUGCAAGAUCGUGUGCCGCCACGCUCACCAGAUCGCCGUGCAGAGACACUUGCUGUCCAGCUCCCACUACGUGACCACCCGCAAGGGCAUCUCCACCCUGGCCCUCAUCCUGGGCGCCUUUGCCAUCUGCUGGCUACCGUUCGCCAUCUACUGCCUGAUAGCCGACCACAGCUACCCCUCUGUCUACACCUACAUGACCAUCCUCCCAGCCAUCUACAACUCCCUUAUCAACCCGGUCAUCUAUGCUUACAGGAACCAAGACAUCCAGAAGGUGCUCUGGGCUGUCUGCUGUGGCUGCUCCUCCAAAAGGCUACCAUUUCGCUCCAGAUCCCCCAGUGAUGUCUAA